UAUUUCCCUGAUGUCGUUCUCAAUCAUCGAUAGUUGGAAUACCCUUGAGAUUUUUUCCGACCUUCUUAUGAAGCCGCGCCACUGUGCAAAGCGACGCUGGGACCCGAAAGAAGGCUCGUCGAGCAACCGGAGCAAGUUCUGGGCUGGCUUGCUGGGAUGGGUUCGCUGCAUAUCUCCUUCCCGUCGUCAAGAGGUUCGCUUCCACGAUCGGAUCGGGUCAGUUGCCUUCCGAAGCUUCACCGUUUAGGAUCAACGCAGAAAGUUUUCUCCGACGGUUUCUUUCGGUUUCGUCGUCGCGGCGCGCGGUUUUGAAGUGAGUGCAAGAGUACAAGCGUCGUUUUUGCUGUGUGUAUGGUGCUUGCAAUAAAACGGGACCUUUCGGAAAAAGGAUCAAGUUACAGCAACGCCUUACAACAGAGGUCUCUCUCACUAAAAGGGCAGCAGAUGUUUUUCUGGUGCACGGUUUCCAUGGUUGCUGAGCCAAGCGUGGUUUGAGCUUGGUUAGGACCCCUAGGGUUGCCAUAGGCAACAAAUGACCUAACCUUCUUUGAUCAAUCGGCUAUCGAUCACGAAAUUCACAGCCUACUUGCAUUUGUGAUUUGUGUGACCUCGCCGUUUUUUUUGUAUUUGUGCGUGAAACGGACCAUGAAGCACGCGCCCAUAUGUCGUUUCGAAACACGAUUCGUAUGGCGUAAGUAACGUGACGGACAACUAAAAAACGGGAGAUGCAUUGAACUACCACCACCAUCAAAGGGGGCCAUAAAAAGACCACUCCACUAAAGGGCCCAUUUGUCUGUGUGGUCAGUGCGUGUGUCCGUCCAACAUAUAGCAACCGAAUGCUAAUUGACCGCUGAAUGCGCGCCCAUGGUUUAACUCUCGAUUAGCGCCCAUCGAUCGGUUGUUUGUCCACUUCGAUUCGUGGCCCUCAGGGAGAAAGUUUCGGAAGAUUUUCCACGGUGUGGAAUUGUCGUUUCCCUAUGGUGCAACAGUUGUGUUUUUGUGACCGCGUUACGUCGCCCUAACUGGACAGAUAGCAAUGGCAGUGCCUCUAGCUGCCAGCUGUUGCAAGUUUGCCCCAGAAGAAGCCCCACGUUCCGGGAAAGGUGACUUGCCAUAGGUGCUGGAUUUACCUAUAGAGUGAGGAGACGAGCUGAAGAAGAUGAUGGACGCCAAUCCCGGGUUGUGAAAUUAGUGCAGAGUGCGAUCGGAAAAUAAGAAGAAUCUGAGUCCAGUCGGAGUCCGAAGCGAGUGUCUGGAAUCGUGGUGCAAAAGGGUUCAGGUUCAGAAGCUCAAUCCCAGAAAACAAAACGAAGAUCGAGAAUAAGAAAACCGCAGCAGGCUUUGGCUGCUGCUUGCUUAGAAGAAGAGAUCUUGGCAGACUCGAAGCAAAGCAGGCUGCGAACAAGAGGAAUAUCGUCGUUCGUCCGACCGUCAUCAUCAACAUCAUCCGAGAUCAAGUAGGCUUUUGCUGAGCUAGAGAGAACGACAGGGGCCCCAAAGGGAAGCAAUUCAAGAAGGAGACCUAAUAUGACUGAUUGGUGGUGGAGUGCCUUCGGCAGAAAAGAAUCAUAACCUCUAAAUACUUACUCAGAUGAACCCAUCCACCGCCAGAAACCAAUGAAGAAGCUAAAGCAACAAAGCAAAAAACACACCAAAAACGUCCAACAACAACCUCCGUCGUCGUACGGCAAUCCGUCCAGCAGCAAUGUUCCCAUCCCUGUAUGCUGUCAACUUCCGGCCGCCGGAUGCCCUGGCUGCUACCCCCAUUAUUCGCCGAACCCUACCGCCACCUGCCAACUAUCCUACGUGGGAGCGAGCACCGGUGGGUCAUGUUCUUGUCGGCAGCAAGUGUACCAGAAUUCCUACCGGAGUGACCGAUCCUCAACGGCAUCCACUUCGGCCAUCUCCAAGCCGACCAACAUCGUGGCAACGAUGGAACUGUUCGAACCGCGUGCUUCCACGUCCGGUGGUCACGUGCACCAUCAUCAGGACUACUCCUACGCCUACUACGAACCGGGAGUGGCCUUGCGCCACUCCAACGUUCCGUCUUACAUGUUCGAUCCUUCGGGGAGUAGUCCUUCCGGACAGGUUCGUCCGUCCGGCGGAAGUAGCUCAAUGCGAGCUCUGAUGGCUCUGGGAAGCAAUGGCCAGCGGAAUCGGCUGUACGGAGGGCGUCGGAACGUGGGACGUUUCCCCGGAUCGCCCUGUGAAAACAUCUACGAGGAGAUAAUCCACGAGGAAAACGAGCAGACGGCGGUGGCGGGGCCUUCCUCCAGUGGCCGGUUGUCGUUGAUGUCCCUGAAUCAAAGCGUGAUCGUGGAGGAAGAGUUUCGGCAGGUUCAGAACUGUCACCGGAAGGUUCUGGGCGAGUUGAACCUAUCCGUAGAGGCCAUGCUGAUGCCUGUGGGGAAUGGUGGAGGGCGGGGGCAGGACGAUGAUUACCAGCGGGGCGUGGUCAGUUAUAGGCGCAAAUCGUAUGGGACGCCCAGUACGGACUUGGACAGUGGGUUCUCCGGAAGUAGCGGAAGUGCGAGCUACAUUGGGAACCUAAGAGCGCGGAAGACGGAAGCGAGAAUGUUAUCGCUUCAGCAGCAGAGUCAUCAUCAGUCGAUGAUGCUGUUCGAGGGAUUGGGGCAGCAGGAGGACACUCGGAGUAUAUCCAGCUGCAAUUCGAUGGACCGAUCUAGUGGGGGAGGAUCCGUGAGGGCACUGUGUAGUAAGGGGAAGAACUUGAGCAAGUUGUUUAGUGGGAGUACGCGAUCGCUGAAGAAAAUGCUGGAAUCGAGUGAGGGAUCGUCCCGGAAGGGGAUCCAUUCGACGCCCAGUUCGCCGACAUUCGUCAAAUCGAACAAGGUCGGGUUUUGGUCCAAGAAGAGCUGGACCAAGAAGCUGUCGUCAAACGGAGCGCUGCAUCGAAGCUUUGAAGAUGAGACAAAGCCAUACCAAACGGCCGAUAGUUCGUGGGAUUGUUCUUUGUCGCGAACCACGAUCGAAGGAGGCGGAGGAGGAGCACCAGUGCCUACUACGACGCCAGCCAGCGAAGACAAUCAGCAAAAGUACCGCCAGCUGCACCAGCGCCAACUAAGUGUGCCCUCGGAUAUCGUCGAGUUCCGUUCACAUCCGCCGCAGGUGAUCCCGUACUCUUCGGACCAACAGCCCCGGACCACCAAACUCGAUUACAAACCGUCCACGCGAACGGUCAGUUCCGAGGACAGUUGCUACUCCGAGGAUCGGUACAUUUCCUCGGACGAAGACGAGGACGACGACGACGAAGAAGACGAGAUCGACCUCGACGAGAACGACAUCCGGGAGGAAUAUCUCCGGAACCGGAAUCGUCGCAACAAUCAGCACCAUCAUCAGCAGGAACAACCAAAGAUCCCAACGCCAAAGGCAGCACUCGAGGAGCAUCACCAUCCUGCUCAUCAGAAACCGGAAACAGGUGAUCGCCGGCGAAGCAUCACCCAGCUGCAGAACACUCUCAACAAGGCCAAGGCGCAUCUUUCGUUCGAUAAAUGGAAAAGUCACCACGGCGGUGGUGGCAGCGGCAGCAACACCAGUGCGUCGUCCCUUCCCCUUCCCCAUCGGCAUCAGCAGGUGACCGCUGCUGGUGGAGGCGCUGGCGGUAAUGUCCACCUGAUUGCCGAUCUCGUCAACAACAAUAGUAGUAGCGGCAGCGGUAACGGCAGCCUUAUCCACGGUAGCGCUCGGAACGCACUGCACGCAUCCAUCAUGUCAACCACCGCAUCGGCCGCGUCCUCACCAAUUCCGCCGGCGGGCAUGAGUCCCGGUUCGGCCUCGCUCGUGACGGCGGCCCACACCGCCUCGCCGAGCUCCACCAAUUCCUCACCUUCCAUCUCGUCGGAACCCUUCUCACGACUAUCGCGCUGGUUCUCGAUACGUCGUGGCUCGAUGAACCAGUACGACGUCAAAAGCCACAACUCGUCCUCGUCGGCGGCGGCUUCCACGACGGCACAUUCCACUUCCGCUGGCGGAAAGGAGAACCGUCGCAACAGUAUCGACCACGUGGACUCCACGGGGUCACUCUUCGGCGGCGUUGGCAGCAAGUUCAAUGGUGGACAGCUCGCCAUGAACAAAGUCCUGGAGGCGGACGAAGACCCCCUGCAGUUGGCCCUGGACAGUUUUGCGAUGACUCGAGGUGCCGGAACGGAACCGAAAAACGUCGAAAGGCGCACCAUUCCGGUGGCUCUGCCGCCUGCACCGUCCGGAAUGACCCAACAGCAACUCAAGCGGAGGCACAUCGUAGCGGCCAUCAUCCACAGUGAGAACUCCUACGUGGCCUCCCUGCAGCGAUUGGUUAAUGAGUACAAACGCCCCCUCGAGGAAAGCAACCCACCCAUCCUGAACCCCACGAAAACUGCCAUACUGUUCCAUCGGCUUCCAGAGAUCCUCCAGCUGCACACGCUCUUCCGGAUAUCCCUGGCCGACUACAUCCAGAGCUGGGACGCGGAGGAGAAAAUCGGCGACGUUUUCGUCGCGACCUUCAGCAAAUCCCUGGUCCUGGACGUGUACAGUGGCUUCAUCAACAACUUCUCGAUUGCCAUGGACCUGGCCCGGAUGGAAGCCAAGCGAAAGUCGGCCCUGUCGGACUUCUUCAAGGUCAAGCAAAUCUCCGCCCACGAUCGGUUGUCCUUCUUCGGGUUGAUGGUGAAGCCGGUUCAGCGGUUUCCUCAGUUUAUCCUCUUCCUGCAAGAUCUGCUCAAGUACACUCCGCAGGGACAUCACGACCGGAUGUCGCUGCAGUUGGCGUUGACCCAGCUCGAAUCGCUGGCGGAGAUGCUGAACGAGCGCAAGCGCGAAGCCGAGCAAUUCCAGGCCUUCAAGGAGAUGCUGGAGAACAUCAGCGGGACGUUCAACAUCCGAUCGUUGGUAUCCGGCGGGACGUCCGACAACACCAUCAACAGCACAACCACGAGGUAUCUCCUCCGGGAGGACAACGUAACGCAGCUGGAGUUCAACCAGUCCGGAUCGGUGGUCAAGAGUAAAAAGCGUCGAUUGCUACUGCUCAACGACAAGGUGCUGUGCGUUUCGGUUGCCCCCAAGCAGUCGCACGAGUUCGGAUCCUCGGAGAAGCUCACCUUCAAGUGGAUGCAUCCGGUGCAGGACGUCGAGAUCGUCGACAACAACCAGUCCAUCACGCUCUCGAGGAUACUGACGGCAGGAAUGAAACGAGGCAACAGUCUGAAGUCCAACUCGAGUUUCGACUCGCCUUACUUGGCGCCGGGAACUCUCCCCGGGAUGAACACCAGCUGUUCCACCAUGAACAGUUCGUUUGGCGGUGGCGCCGGUGCAACCCUUCCGGGUGCGACCAGCGGCGAGGCGGACAACCUGUGCAACGAAAUGAACGACCUGAUGCACGACUACGAAGUGAUGUCGAGGAUCAACGAUCUGGUCGGGUCGCUGAAGGGUUCGUACAAGGAGAUCAACCUCGGAGUGACCAAGUCCAUCCUGGCGGACAUUCAGACAUCGAUACAGAAAAAGGACGAGGAAAUCCUCUGGGUGGACUCGUGCUGUCUGCAGCUGGUACUGAAGAACGCCGCCAAGGGCGGCAAGGAGGACGUCACCUACACAUUCCAGAUCGAGAACCCCGUGGUCAAGAAGGACUGGAUCACCGAGCUGCGGUUGGCGCAGCUGGCGCUCGAUACGAACAACUCGCCCGCGUGGCAGAUGGGCGCCGAGCACGAGCAACGAUACUCCCUCGCCAAGAUGCCCCUCUUUGUGAAGGCCUACCCGGCGUACAAGUCGCAGCAUCAAACCGAGGUCUGCUGCGGAUGUUACUUCUCAUCGAACCUGGCAUCGUCGGGGGCGUAUCGUUUAAAGCCAUCGGCUCGGAAGCGCUCGAAGCACUCCAACACGCUGUGGAUAUGCUCGACGGACAAGAUCAACAGUCACGUGACGAUCUUGGCGCACAACAGUGCCCAGCAUCAGAGCAACGGAGGAUUCGGCGAGGUGGCCCGCUUCAGUCUGAACGAGUCCAUCGUGACCUGUAUGGAGUACGUGAAGGAGGGCGGUCUAAUCACCGGAGACGACGUCGGAGCGGACUCGAUCUGGAUGGGCACGAACAACCACCGGGUGCUGAUCUACUCGGCCAGCUAUCCGAUCAACGACGAACAGCUGGUAAACCUGUCACUGCCGGGAGUUCCUAGUCAGAUAUUGUACUUUAAUGAGCGGGUUUACGUGGGGAUGACCAAUGGGAGCGUGUUGGUGUUCAGUAGGACCGAGGCGGGCAUUUGGAGCCUAAACAGCCCGAAGAUCUUGGCGGUUCAGAGCGAACCGAUCACGAGCCUGCUGGCAAUCAACAGUAGCGUAUACUUCGCGGCCGGCAAAUACGUCCACGUGAUCAACGGAAGGACGAACGAGGUGGAGAAGAACUUCCACAUCAAGCACACGAACUCGGCUAACGUGAGCUCCAAUGUGAAUCUGUUGGCGCAUUCGGGUAUUGGGCUAUGGAUCUCGCUGAAGAACUCCAGCAUCAUCUGUCUGUACCACACGGAGACGUUCAAGCACCUGCAGGACAUCAAUAUCGCGUCGAAUGUGCUACGGGUGACUUCGUCGCAUCAGAAUCCUUCGCGGGAGUCCAACUCGUCGAUUCAGGUGACGGCGUUGAUGGCCGCAAAGGGAAUGCUUUGGGUGGGCACGAACGUGGGUAUCACGUUGACGAUUCCGUUGCCAAGGCUGGAGGGAGUGCCGAUCGUCAGCGGAGGGGUGAACAUCUCGUACCAUGCCCAUCUGGGUCCGGUGACGUUCCUGUUGCCGUUGGUGACGAGAUCGUAUCAAAGCUUGAAGGUCGUGGAGAGUGCGCCGGAAGGAAAGGUGGAGUCGAAAGAAACGGAAGUAGCGGAGAAGGAUCAGGACAAACAGAAGGAAGCCACUGCGUUGAAGGAGCAGAUUUGCUCUAGUCCAGUGAUUUUGAGGCGGAAGAAGCCGAUAUCGAUGGAUUCCGGAAGAAUGGCGAAGACAUUGCCGCGGAAUCUGCGAACGAGUAGCGGAGCGUUCUCGCCGUCGAUCCACUCGACAUUGUCCUCGUCGUCGCAAUACUCCGAUCAGGGAUGUGACGUGUACGGACUUUACGGGGAUCUGAUCUUCGUGAAGGAAGAUCUGGAGAAUCAGGAAGAUCGUAACAUCCUGGAUCCGAGCUAUGACUACCUGCGAAGGAGUGAUCCGGACAUUGCGGCGAUACCGGCGAAGGUGUCUACGCUGGAUCGUCGACUCCGGAUGAAGGUCAGCCGGCCGCGUUCGCUGGAUUUGUCGAACUGGUCGAUGGAGUCGCGAUCGUCCAGCGUGUACACUUCGUCCGGAAGUGAUGAGAACGUGGGAGGUCGCAGCGGAGCCGGAAGUAAGAACGUGUCCCGGAACAGCUCCAGCGCUAGUCACAAGAUGAACAAUUCCGAUCUGGAUAACAUCAACGAGAACGAGGUAGCUACGCACCUGAAACCAUCGGCCCUGGACGCGGUUCCGACGGUGACCAAAGACUCUUUGCCAGUGGAGCUGGACAAAUUUCCCACGACUCCGGUUGCGUCGACCAAUACGACCAAGCGAAAGAAGCUGCAGUCGAUGAAUGGCGGUUCGGCGGGUAACGGAGGACCAGAUGGGGCAAGUGCUGCCAGGCGGACCAUUCUGACGCUGACAGGUGGCCGCGGGUACGUCAACUGGCGGCACAUCUGGGAACGAACCGGUCCGCUGGAUGGAGGCAAGUCAGCCAACAGUUCUCCGCAGAACCAUCACCAUCAACGGACCGGAUCCGUCACGUCUCUGGCCGGCCUAGGACAAACGAAUUCGACCGAUGCCCACCUUGUCAUAUGGGAGAAGAAGUUGUAGAAGGAGGAGAUGUGCGAUUUUUUUCUUAGCUUUAAAGGAGAUUACAGCUGGAGGAGACUCUUAUUGGUGUGCGUGCGAGUGUACAUAGUUUCGUCGAAAUUUCCCGAAGGAAUGUGACAAACCCAGUGAACUGAACGCUGAAAAACCCCCAUCCGCCUCCGAGAUGCAUAUGUAUAGGGCCAAUGUGAUAAGACUUUAUAAACUAUUGCUCGUUGUACACAAACACAGACACAUUUCGAAUAAUCGCAUUUUCACAUCUCACACUCGAUAAGGCCGCUAGAACGUUAAGUAAUCAUCCGAUUCUUCCCAAUUGGAAAUUCAAAACUAGAGAGAGAAAGAUGUAUAUUUAUCUAUAUGUUUUUUUAUAUGAGAGAAAAAUUCUUAUCGGCAGAAGAGAAGGCGAACAAAGAGAUUUGUUAGCUGUAUUAGUAAGUAGUAGAAACGUAUCGAAGCAACAAACAUGAAUUCUAUUGCGUUCUCAGUUUAGUUCAUGUUUCUAUCGAAUCAUUUCAGAAACUCACACAAAGCUAAUUUUCUUUUAGUAGUUAAAGAAAACCAAGAUGGACGCCAUCGUCCAUUCGUAUUUAUUGUUUCUCACACUCACUUUGAAGCAGUAAAUCAGAUAAAAACAAACCAGUAGGCCGUUGUUGUUUAACUCGAAAGAUUUCACUCACACACUCUCACAGCCGCUCGGAGCAGAGCCGAUAGACACAAAGAUGGUAAUAACAAUAGAAGGGUUAAUUUCGACAACGAAUCCAAGCAGUUACUUUUCGUUACACGUUAGCAGCAGUCGUUCACACAAAUACAAGUGUAAAAAGCCGAAAUCCGAAGCUCACUCGGAUAAGUUCAAUCUUUUGUUUAGCUACUACUACUAGGGUAAAGGUGUUUGGGUGCGUUCUCUCGCCUCUUUAGUGGGUUUCGUUUUAGGGAUAAAGUUUUGUUUAGUACAAAUAUGGAAGAAAGUUAUCAACAUUUAAGCUGGUUUUACUUAGGAUCAAACUAAUAUUUGUACAAAGAACUUUAUACAUAUCCUUUAGAGGGUUUGUCCCCUAUCCUUCCCGCGGUGAGAGGGAGAAGAUUGAAUCCAAAAAUAAAACAAAAGUGAAUUUUGAGUUGCGAGGAACCGAUUUGUAGGGAACAAGCUCUGCCACGAGGAGAAGUCUAGGAAGGUUUCGUUAGGAGAGAUAAUUAAGCUAAUUAGUUAUUAUUAUUGUUCUAAAGCUUCUUCAACUGUUCUAACUACUUUGUUUCAUAACCUCAAAAAAAAAAGAGAAUAUAAUGAAAACCCGAAAGCAUUCUUUCAUCGUUCAUUUUUUCCUCUGUAAAUGCUUCCUUUCAUUCCUAUCUCCUAGAUCUGAGCCAAUAGACUUUCGAGCAGCAAAACUUUCAUUUAAUACAAAAACAAAAAACAAAUCAAACCGAACCCAAAAAUCAAACAAAUAUCAAAUAUCUCGAUGGUUAAUAACAACACACGGAAAUCAAAACCAGAAAACUGCG